ACACACACACGCACACGCACACGCACACAGACACAGGGGCACAUGACAUGCUGCAAUGAACGAUCGCAUGCAGGAUGGACUACUGCAACUAUACGUGUAGGUAUAGCGCCAUCCCCCCAACCCUUAAUUGCCACACAGACAUGGAUGGGCAAGCUUAUCCGACUCUCUCUCCCUCUCUCUUUCUCUCCCUCUCUCUCUCUCUCUCUACGUGUGGCGUGGUCCCCAUGCUCUAAUUGUCGUGUCCAUCCAUCCAUCCAUCCAUCAGUUGUCGUCAUGUCCCUCCCAUUCGAGAUGUGUGCCCUUUGCUGAGCAGCGCAUCCAACAUGUGCUCGGCACUCUCGUCCUCCGCAUCACCUGCCUCUGCCUCAUCGCAUGUGCCGCCGGCCGCUCCCAUGUUGUCGCUCGAUGGCUGUUGGCCCGUCGUCGACUGCAUGAUGGCCGAUGGGAGCUCCUCAGGUGAAUGGGGUGUGGGGGGUCGUUGGGGCUGCUCAUCCUCCGCCAGGCCGAUGCUCGAGUCCAUGCUGCCGCCCUCCAGCAGGCCGCCCUCCAGGUCGAGCGACACUCCGCUAAUCACACUGUCCGCACUGUCACGGAGGCCGUCUAGGGCCCUACUCCGUCCAAACAGGUCGGGAAAGAGGCUGCUGCCGGUGCCCCUGCUGAUGCCUGGGUCGCGGUAGUUGAUCUCUCGGGACAGCCCCAGCAGUGUGCUGGAUGCCGGGAGGGUGUCGGUCUUGUCUCCGCCCCCCAGCCGGCGGAGCAUGUCGUCGAAUCUCUCUAUCCCCACACCCACGCCGCCCUCCCGCACGUCGAGCAGGGGGUCCGUCGUCUCUGUCUUCUCUGUCUUCUCCCUCUCCCCUGUAUCCUCCCCCUCUCUGCCAUCGCCAUCGCCAUCGCCAUCGCCAUCGCCUUUGUGUCCCUCCUCCUCGACGACCCGCCCCCAUCUCCUGUUUGUCCGUGUGUCGGUGUCGUGCUCCUCCGUGCGGUCCUCGCGCGCCUGGCCCUUGGGUCUGUCGUCCUGGUUGUGGUGCUGGUUGAGUGAGAGUGUGCCACCACGCCGCGUGUUGUUGAGGCCGAUGGAUGUGUUGGUGGACAUCCGGAGGCCGUGUAGGGCGCGGGGGUCCUUCUUUGUGGAUGUGAGGAGGGGGUUGGCCGGGGCGGCGGAUGGGUCGGCUGGGCGGUAGAGGGCGGCGUUGGCUCGCGGGUCCUCCACCAGCUGCGGCGGCAUCGGCAGCUCGCCCGACUCCAACACACAUCUGAGCAGCUCGGCCUCCUGCGUGCAUGUGCAGGGAGGGACGUUUGUGUAUGUGUUUGUGUGUAUUGGGAGUGCAUGAAGCUGACGUACGCACCGUUGGGUUGAAUGUGACUCUUCGGAUGCGGUCGAUUUCGCGGAUGAUGUCGGGCAGGUACUCAGUCGGGGUCGCCUGGGGCUCCCACGGAAACACACGCCUCCACUGACACGCACACACACACACACACAGAGAGAGAGAGAGAGAGAGUGCCCAUCCAUUCGUCCAUUUGUGGGUGGGUGGGUGAGUGAGCACCAUUUUCCAGAACAUGCGCAGAAGGGACUUGGGGUCCAACCUGGGCAGACUCUGAUGAUCCGAGAGAAAUACGCCAUGCACACCGGCCACCCCCAUAUUCCGCCCACCCGCCCGCCCGCUCACCGACCUUUUUGUCGAAGACUUCGUGUUGCUGCUGAAUCUGGUCCACACAUUCCAUCACCAGCCCACACACCAUAAACACCUGAGUGCACGCCAACACACACACACACAUACAUCAACGCUCGGCCAGCUGGCUAGCCCUUUUACCCCCCUCCCUCCCUCCCUCCCUCUGUCUAACAUAAGUAAGUCACUCACUGACCGCGCCUUUGAUGAGUGGGCCGACCAUGUCCUCCACCUUGGUGCUGAGUGUGUAUGAGAGGUCCCGGCGGGCGGCCUCCAGGCGGCUGAUGACCACCAGCCCGUGGGGGUCGGACGCCUCCUCGCGGGACACACGACGGUACACCAACACAUACGCCGACCGCUGCAGAGGCGUAUUUGAGAACAUCCACGCAUCACACACAGGCAGGGGAGAGGGAUGUGUGUGGUGUGGUGUGGUGUGGUGAGCUGACGACUGACCUUGUGGGUGCUUCCGCCCUCGGCGUCCUUGCGCAGCUGAUCCUCUAAACAGUCCUCUACCUGCGUCCAUCCACACGUCAAUGGCCGUGGACAUGUAGGCAGUAGGCAGUGUGGUAUUUUGGGGGUGGUGUGGUGUGGUGUGGGGGGUGAGCGCACUGCCCACCGUGUGAUUGUCGAUUUUCUGCCAGAUGGUGUCUUGGAUCUGGUGGUGUGAGCCGCCCCGCUUGUAGAGGAAGUAGUGGCCCUCACUCAGCUCGCCCUCGUGAAUCACAACAAACUGCACACACACACACACACACACACACACAUGCACACGCACAGGCACACCCGGGCACGCACACUUUAACAGAUGCAGAGGCGGAGCGCACCAACACCCACCUUCAUGCACGUGUGCCAUGCAUGCCGUCUGUCUCCCUACCUCGAGGCGAUAGAUGGUUUGCUGGUCGAUGUAGAAGAGACGCGCCUCCUCACUGCCCUCAUCCACGCCCUGCAUGCCAUCCAACAGAAAGGACACACGCACGCCGCACGCCGUGUGUUCCUCCCUCCCUCCCUCCCUGUGCUGUGCCUGCCUGUGGUAGUGUGGUGGUGAGUUUGUUGGUCAUGAAGUUGAGGUUGAGUUCCAUCUCGAGGGGCACUCGGUGGUUGGUCUUCUCGCCAGCCUCCUUGUCCGCGGCGUACGCGUACCGAUCCAACACGAUGAACGCCAUGAGCGGGAUCUCAUACGACAAACUGACAUAUAGUAUAUGACCACACAAACACAAACCCGCCAUCCAUCCAUCCAUCCAUUUAGGAACCUACCUCUUGAUGGCCUUGGUCUGCUGCUGGUCCUUCAUGUGGUCCUGGAGGAGAGUCUUGAGAUCGGUGUCCUCCUCAGGCCUCACGUUGAGUACGAAGUUGGUCAUGUCGGUGCGGGAGGAGCUCUCCACACCAUCCUCCUCACGAACGGCUACCAUCGCACCUGCACACACAACCAACAAACCAACAAACCAGCCAUAGAGAGAGAUGAGGGAGCGCGUCUGUUCUGUGAUGCUGACUCACUCACCGCUGAGGACAUUGCGGCACUCUUCGGCGAAGUGGCGCACCCCAGCAUUGCGGUACUCUACCUUGAAUCGCAGACCCUCCUCACCUUCAACUCGCCCACAUUCGGCCCCUCCCUUGCUGUCUGCUGCCCCCUGCGCCCCCUCUGCUCCUUCAUCCCGCCCAGCUGCCGUCUUGUCCCCCGCCUUGUUCUCGCCCCCGCCCCCACUGGCAGGCGACCGUGGUGUCUCCUCCGCCUCUCCCUCUCUAGCAGUGGACACGCCGCUGGCCGUCUCGGUCACCGCUGUGGUGUUGGCCGACGGACGGGGGGGCACCGAGCCGCUGCCAUCCGGAGGUGGAUGGGGGUGGGUGGUGGGAGUCGGAUUGCCGAAGCGUUUACGGAUGUGGGCGUUGCAUGCCUUCUCCUCCUUGGCGAUGUUCUCGAGCUUGUCCUUGGUGAGCCAGGACAUGCCCAUGGGCGACAGGCCCAGCAGGCGGGACGUGCCGUCGAACACCUCCGUGAUGUCCUCCUGACCAGACAGACACAGCCAAACAGAGAGGCGACACACAGAUAGAUAACACAUACAGGAGGGAGGGAGGGAGGGAGUGAGCAGACAGUGAAGUGAGCCCAGACGGACCUGUGUGCCAUUGAAGUGCGUGAAGAAGAGUGGGGCGACGUUGCAGAAGGACAAAGGGGUGGCGUGCAGCACGGCCAGGUGGACUGCCAGCUCCUCGCCGAACUCCCUCACGGCCCUUGUCACCUCCUCGCACUCGCACAGCGCCUCCAGGCGGCCCUGAUUCCUCAUCUGGCGCAUCCAGUCGUUGAUGCUGGCCGCGCUGUGCUGCCAGCCGGCCGGGAUGGUGUAGGGUGGGCAGGCGGACCAGGUCAAGUUGUGCUGGGAGGUGGAUGACCAUGUGUAUGCGUUCCAGAGGGCCCGGCAGAACUCGGGAGUGUGGGCGAAGAUCAGCAGCAGCACCUGCAUAUAUAUCAACCAACACGCACACCGAGGCAGGCAGACAGGCCGACGUAGUGAGCCAUCCAUCCAUCCAGCUGCAGCUAGCUGGUCAGGCGGGCCAUGCAUUGCCUUUGUUUCUUCUGUCUGCCCACCAUGAAGAAACACCCAUUGCCGGGGUUCGACAGGGCCGCCGGCACAAACACAUCCAACACCGUCCUGCAGGACAACACAACAACAUGGAUGGAUGGAUGGAUGGACGCCUCCAUCACUGUGUAGCUAGCUAGCUAGCUAGCUACCCACCCCACUGACCCGUCGGCCUGCGUGACGCGUCUGAAUGGCCUGAUGUGUGGGUAGACGAUCUUGCCGUCCUUGAGGCUCUCCAGGAGCGCCAAGGCCAUCUCCCAAUCGUCAUUGAGAUUCCGUCGUGAGGACAACACCUGCCGCUCAGCCUCCUUGGCCGCUAACCCGUCGAUGCCGCACUUGACGGGAAUGAGCUCCACCGUCCGCCCGUCGCCCACCGCCACGUCCCGGGGCUGCAGCUCAUCCGCCAUGUCCCCCGCCAGCAGCAGGGUGGGAGAGAUGGGCGACAUCGGCUCACCACCCGACACACCACCGCCACCACCACCACCACCACCAGCAGGGGGCGUCUGACCCGACCCACCAUGCUCUCCGGGCUCUCCUGCCGCUCCUUCUGUGGUCGGCGAUUGGUCGUUGGCGUGUGCGGGUAUGGUGAUGUUGAUGGGGUGGGGCCGCAUGAACAUGGGAUCGAAGGGGCCGCAAAACAUGGGAUCGCGUAGGGGGGGCAUUUGCCACCCCAAGGAGCGGUAGAGUUGUUCCAAUCGGUCCAGCAAAGACUGACGGAGCAUCUGCAGAUCCCAAGUUUUCUGAUGCAUACGUAGCAAACAUCCAUCAGCCGACACACAGACGAAUUGGCCCUUGUCUCCCCUGCCUGUGUGUGUGCCUGUCUGUGUGUGCCAUCCAUCCAUCCAUCCAUCCCCAACAUCUAUCCCUCGUCGGUCACUCACUCACCAGCAUGCCCUUUGAGAGUAUCUUCCGAUCGGCUUCUCUCAUGAGCUCCAGCUUCUGCACCCGAGCCAUGAGGUCGCUGUGCGCCUUGCGGGACGCCUCCUUGUACUCAUGCAGUUCCUUUUCCUGCCGCUGCAGAGCCGCCUUGAGCAUGCUGUUCUCCUUGGCUAGCUCGUCCGUGGUCUUGAGCCAGCUCGGGCCCUUGGUGGAUCCUGCUGCUGCUCCAGACGCACCCAACACACUACCAGCCUGCACACCCACACACGCACACACACACACACACAGAGAAAGAGAGAGAGAUGGAACUAUGCGGCACUCCCUCCAUCUUCCCCGUGUCCACCCACCCCAGGCUCACUCACCGUCGAAGGCAGGGUGUCCCUCUGGUCAGCCAGCCCCCUACUGCCCCGCGUCAGGCGCUCCCCUGCCCCCGCCACACCCCCCUCCACCUCACCCGUCGAGUUCCACCGCAGCGGCUGCCGCACGAACGGACCCCGAGUCGAGCUCAGAAAUCUGCUCGAGGUGGGCAGCGGCAGCUCGCCACCAUUGAACACCUCAGACAAAGACGACAGCCCCCGCCGCCCCUGCCCGGUGGUGCUGCUCUCCGGCUGGGUGAACGCUGAACGCAGUGCACAGGGGCCAUUUGUACGGUACCGCGAGGAGAGGAGCGAGGUCGUGGGCUGCUGGGUGGAUGCGAGGAGCUUGAGGGGGAGGGUGGAGGGUGGCACUGGCGAGUCGAGGAUGCGCUCGGUGCGGAUCUGGCGGAAGCGCCCCGAUGAUCCGCCACCUACAUCGCCCGCAGCAGCCACAGAGGACGUCACACCGGCGGCCGCACCGUCCUCCCCUCUCGGACACUGCCCGCCCCUCUCCAUGGCGGCUAGCCGGGCGCCAAUGACGGCCGUGGGUCUGCGUGGCUCGGGCGCUGGCGAAUGAGCCUCAGGGCUGCUGAAUUUCCAUGAGUUGUCGUUGUUGGUCUCUGACAUGGUCUUUUUCGGCGCCUCGCGGGAAGAUGCGGCCGGGAAAGAGGCGCGGAAGCUGUUCAGUGACGAUUGGGCUACGGGACCGUCGUGAGAUGGCGCAUCUGUGGGCGAAGGGCUGUGCGAUUGGUCGGCCGUCGACGUCUGGACUUGGUGGAGGCGGCGGAGGGUGGACUCGGGAUCCUUCUCCGGCGUGGAGCCGACGGAUGAGGACAUGGUAUGAGUGAAGACCAGGCUUU